AUGUUGCCACGAAGGAAGGACAACGGCGGGGAUCCACGCUGUCCCAUAAACAGGAAACUGAAAGGUGUGUUCUUCGGGGUGACUCUUUGGAACGGAGGGCUACCAACCAUAUCACCAUACGGAAGCACCAGAGUGGUGGUUCCCCUGAAGAGACUCUUUGAUGACUCUGCCAGGCUGUACUUCGCCGAUUUCUACUGUAUGUCAAGUCGAAGCGAUAAUCACUACAUCACAUUGGUCCUUACAAAGAAGGCUACGAAAUCUGACCGCUUCUGUCAAAAACAUCUGAUUCGUUUGAAAAAACGUAAGAACGUGUUUCUGAGGAAGAAAGAACGCACCUACAAAACUCUCCAGCAGGCCAACGUGUGGGUUGAAGUUUUCUAUACAGAUGAAGUGGAUAUAUCGGGGCUGAAGCGGUAUCGAACUGAGGUGAUCGGGAGGGGCAGAAGCAUCUCAGGAGGCAUACCUAAAACAUCUGGUUGUGAAAUAUGCAAUGUUUGA